GGGCUUGUCCAGCGCGCCUCCUGAUUGGUCGCCUCCGAUGACGCCAGCGAUCCGUUCCUGCAGACGCCCACCGCGGUGACGUCAGCGCAGCCCCAGCGUUUUGUUUGCGUCGCCGGAGCGCAGUGUGGAUCCGGUGACACCGGGAGUAACGGCACGUACCGGACAGCGUACUGCGUCAUCACCGCGCGCCCCGCCAUGGAGGGCUUGGUAACCAGCGACAAGAAGCGGUAGGUGACCGUCCGGGGCCCAGCCAGGGGGCGCUAGACCAGGCCCAGCCCGCAAGGCAUCAUGGGAGUAGGAGUCCUACAGCUGGCUCUACCUGGCCCCCACCUGUUUAUACUAACCUGGAGCAUGACCCCCAGCAACGGCACCUCCCACAGCAGGGGGUCUCCCCCCCCCACCCUCACAGCAGGGGGUCUCCCCCCCCCACCCUCACAGCAGGGGGUCUCCCCCCCCCACCCUCACCCCCCCCCACCCUCACGGCGAGGUCUCUCCCCCCACCCUCACAGCAGGGUCUCUCUCCCCCCCCCCUCACAGCAGGGUCUCUCCCCUCACAGCAGGGGUCUCUCUCCCCUCUGGCAGGGGUCUCUCCCCCCUCACGCCCAGGGUCUCUCUCCCCCUCACAGCAGGGGUCUCUCUCCCCCCCCCCCUCACAGCAUGGUCUCUCUCCCCCCCUCACAGCAGGGUCUCUCUCCCCCCCCCCCUCACAGCAGGGUCUCUCUCCCCCCCCUCACAGCAGGGUCUCUCCCCCCCCUCACAGCAGGAUCUCUCCCCCCCUCACAGCAGGGGUCUCUCCUCCCCUCACAGCAGGAUUCUCUCCCCCCCUCACAGCUUGGGGUCUCUCUCCCCCCCUCACAGCAGCGGGGGUCUCCCCCCCACCCUCACAGCGGGUCUCUCCCCCCCACCCUCACAGCAGGGUCUCUCUUCCCCCCUCCUGGCAGGGUCUCUCCUGCAUGGGGUCUCUCCCCCCCACCCUCACAGCGGGGUCUCUCUCCCCCCUGCUGUAGGGUCCUCUACCCCUCACAGCAGGGUCUCUCCCCCCCCCUCACAGCAGGGUCUCUCUCCCCCUCACAGCCAGGGUCUCUCUCCCCCCUCACAGCGGGUCUCUUCCCCCCUCACAAGCUGGGGUCUCUCUCCCCCUCACAGCAGGGUCCUGCCACCUCACAGCAGGGGUCUCUCCUCCCCCCCUCACAGUAGGGUCUCUCACUCCCCCUCACAGCAGGGUCUCUCCCACUCCCCCCUCACGCUUGAGGUCUCUCACUCCCCACAGCAGGAUUCUCCCUCCCUCUGGCAGGGUCUCGCUCCCCCCUCCCCUCACAGAAGGGUCUCUCACUCUCCCCCCAAAGGUCUUGGUUAUUGAUCAGAUUUGACCAUUGAACCCUUAUCUUUCCUCCCCAAACCUGUACUUCUAACUCACAGCUCGGAGUUUACUUGAGAGCUGAUUGAGCUCCCCUCCCCCACAUCCCAAAAAUGAUAGCUUACAAUAGUUGUGUUUGGGUGUUUGAUUUGUACCCCAAGGUAUUGGGGGAUUGUGCUGACUUUACCCCAAAUUGAAGCAGAAUUGGUCUGGGGUUAGUGAGGCCUUCCAAAACAAGGGCUUUCUGCCAGGCCCCAUCCCAGCAGUGGGGCAUUCAGCACUUCUUUAAGGCUCUUAGUAUGUGGCAGAACUUCCUGUAAAGGAAAUGUAUUUCUGUUUACUAUACAGUGGGUUAAAAUCCAGUGAGGUGCAGAGAUGACCCAUAACAGAUAAUGUUAUGUGAGAAGUUCUGGGAAUGGAAUGUGAAUUCAAAGUGAAUUUUAAAUUUAAGGCCAAAAUAGCUAAACUGGAUACGGGAUUCCCAUUGAUCAUGUUUUCCGUUUUGGCUUACAUUUUGAAUUCUUGGCAAUUCUCACUUUAAUUACACAUUUAUUUGACUUUACCAUUGAUGUCAUUCUAGCUAUUACUUGUCUGGGUUAACCACGUUGGCUGUUUCUGCAAGUAGGGCUAGUGAAGAAAGUUGCUUAAUUCUUGCUCUCAUGCAUUAGCGAUCAUCAUUUUCUGUUCAUUAUAUAUAUUUUUUGUUUGGAUAGCUUUUGAUUUUUAAUUCUGUGGAUGCAUCCGGUUUGGUGUUUGAAAAAAAAAUAAAAUAAUAAUUUGUAGGCCUUGCUAGCAAAGCAUUCGCAAAGAGAUUGUACGUUUAAUGUGAAACAGAGCUUCCUCUGUAAUUUCCAAAAUGUGAUUCACACUUACUUCAAAUAAUUUUUAUUGAACAAUACAACAUUGUGAAUUCUAACUAUAUAUGUUUGCUGAAAUUAAUUUUAAUGUUUUGUUUAAUUUCUUUCUAAGGGAAAUAGCAUUGUUCAUUCCGAACACUGAGUUUAACCCCUUAAGGACACAUGACAUGUGACAUGUCAUGAUUCCCUUUUAUUCCAGAAGUUUGGUCCUUAAGGGGUUAAAUAUGUAAUUGCUAAUACUACCCUAAAUAUGAAUGAGGUGUUCAACAACAAAACCUUGAAAAGCAUACCGUUGACAAGGAAGUGCACAUUUUAGGUCAAAUAAUAGAAUUGUAAUAUUUCUCAAAUUGGUCUUUACAACCUGCAAUAUUAUAAGAAUUUGUGAGCAUAAAAUUUAGAUACUAUGUAAUGUUAUGGUCUGAAAGUUCACUGCUUAGUAAAUCUUGUGGCUCUUUCGGUUUGUUUUUUAUUUUUACAGUGUUACAAAUGUGGAAUUUAAGCACACUUUGUUUAUAAAUGUUGGUGUAUAAAGCGAGGGUACAGAGGUGUUUCAAUGAUCGUACAUUUCUUUUCUACAUUAUAUUGUCAUUUCUGUAUGGAAUUAUUUGCAGCCUCCAUUUUCUGAUUGUCACAUUCAUAGAUACAGACACUCUGAGAUAACCUUGACCUUGAUUCUUUGUAAGCUUUACAAGUUGUGAUACAUUUGUUCCUCUGGGGGCUGUGUCUUGAAAGCUGGUCACAGGAUUAGAAACCUUUUGUUUUAUUAAGAGGCAUCCCCUUAACCAAAUCCUACUUUCUAAUUGAUUAUACCUGGAGAAGUGUGUUUUUUUUUUUUUUGCAGCAGUUUUUGUCUUUUGCUAUUAUUAUUUGCAAGAUAGUUUACCUGUUCAUUUCCUGCAGACACCACACUUACAUGGCACGUUCACACUUGGCGAUAUGAGUUAAAGAAAUAUAUGAAAUACUUCACUGGUGUCCAAAAGGUAGACCCCCAGCUGUAACUACCACCCUGAUAAUGCUUUGCCAGCCUUGGGGGGUAUACAUUUUAGGGACCCCUGAACUACAUUUUUAUGAUGCCCUCAAGGCUUUAACUCCCCUGUCUGCAUUUUUUUCCUGUGGUUCUAAUGCAGUAAAAACAUGCCUGCAGAUUGUGACAUUUAGCGAUAUGAUACAUUGUUUCAUGCUAUUCUUACAUGUUAAUUUAACAUAUGCUGGUUUUUCUAUGGGAUGGGGGGGAGAAUCUGGAAGACAAACACACACAAAAACAAAACCAAAAGAGAUUAUCAAAAAUGAAAUGAUCACACAAGCUCCAUCUGCAGGAAUGGGCUCCAAUAUCUCAAAGUACUUCCAUUCUAUUCAGUGGGACAGUAGUGCAUACCUUCUAAAAUCUUGUACCGGAGGAGUUUGUGGGAUAUGUAGUUGUGCCCUCCAGAUGGUAGUAUGCUGGUAGACUAAGCCCAGGAGUGUAGAUAAACCUGCUGAAUUACAACUGAAAGUUAGACUUGUUUUACAUGUGCGGUGAUUAAAACUACAUGGGCUACAAUUACUUUUUGUUUAAAGGACCUGCUGGGUCUCUAGACAUGGGGAAUCCUAGCGAUAGUUGUCAGCCAAAGGUCAGGACAGGUGGAGGUGGCUCACUUUAAAUAGACCAAGAUUCUGCUACCUGGUGAUCUGGGAGAACGUUAAAAAGAUCAUGGCAAAAAUAAGGAAUAGCAGGGAGUGAGUACUAAAGCUAGGUUGUCUGCUCUGAAACUCGGGAACAAUUGAGCAAAGAAUUGCUGUUUUUGGCAAUGCUUGUCGUGAAGGUAGCGGAAAUGAUACUUUAUUGUAGCAAGCCUGCACCACUCGCGUGUAUUGCACGGGCAAUGCCAAGCAUGGUCAGUUUAAGUAGUUUCCUGGAAACCUUCUUCCAGAAGAUUACAUUUCCUGUGAGUCAUGUACAGUAGUUGCUCCCUGCACUUUCUGGGGUGAAGGAUUUAGUUUUCAAACUAUGAGGAGAUGGUAGUGCAGUGUUUGAAGGGAAGAAUUCUUUACAGCAGCUUUGACCAGGGAACUGUGGAAAAACAUAACUGAGUUAUUCACUAAAGGGAGAAUUAAAAGGGUAAUUUCAAAUUUGAGGUCCUUUCUCACUUAAGUGACUAACCCUGAGUGUAUUCUAUAGGAGUUGGCUCAUAUGAAAUAAAUUGCUACAGGAGAAUUCACGUUAUUUACCACAAAACAUCUUGAAAUGUACAAGUUUCUUAGGGCACAUACAGGACAUUAAGGUGAGAUGCGGACUUGGACCCCAUUUUUACUGUAUAGUUGUGCCUUCAGUUGUGCUUAGCAAGAGCUGUGAUGGUUUUGAGCCCCAGGAUGUGUUGUUCUGAGUAGGGAGAAAGUGCAAGUGUUUGUCGCAACCCUCUCAGAAUAUUUAAUGAACAAGGGAAGAUUGUAAAAUGAAAUUCCUAUUUUAUUGGAAAGGGGGCAUCUUGGUUGGUGCUUCUGAUUGUUUUAUUUAAUCACAGCAAGUUUGGUGACCCACAUGUCUUGUAGAUAUGUUGUGUAAGAUCUUGAGCAUUAUGCCAAAGUCUGGUACGUACAGUCUGAACAUUCACUGUGACAUGCAGCAUAUAUUAUUGCACAGAAGACUAUUUUCUGAUUGAACUGGAAAUCUUGUUGGAAGAAAAAAAUGAACCGAUGUGAGUUUCUUGGCAAUGAUAGUGUGCCAUCUUAGUCGGUGUUUGCGAUGUCUUGGAGAGUGCGAAGUCUUCUAUAGCUGUCUGAAAUAUGGGUCUAGGCUCUUGAAGGAUUUGCUGCUGCUGUGGAAGUCCUGGGGACCGGGAAAGAGCCUUUCAUUUUGGAAUACAGCAAAUUUUCUCAUUAUUUUUUUAUUUUAUUUUUUAAUUCUUUAUUUUGUUGUGCAUAGCUUUUUCAAACAAGUAUGUGCUGCCAUUUCAGUGGUAAGAGGCUUAGAAAUAUGUUUAGAAAGACAAUUACAUGGCAUAGAGGUAAGAAGCACAUUUUCCACUAAGGAAUAACAGGAAAAUGUAACAGUUAGGUUAGUCACAGUGGAGUUGUUCUAGCUGUGCGUGGUGUUUGGCUAUGUAGUCUGUGUGAUACGUUGCAGUCUACUGUGGGACUAGCUGGGCGUGGUGGGGUGUACAUGUUGGGCAGGCGUGGUAGUUUAAAGGCACUACAAUGGCUUGUGUCUGGGUGGUCGUAUGCUCUCAGGAAUGGCAUCGUGGGUGUUUUUAGGCUUCCAUGCUCGUAUCUAUCCUGCUGUGAGUGUAGUAAGCCGGAUGCAUGGGUAUUGUGAUAAUUUCUGGUGUAGCUGGACCUUGGGCUGUGCUGGGGGUGUCUUGCUCUGCCUUUGCAUUGAGGUAAGGGAACCCUAACCGGGGGGGGGCGGGAGAUGUAUGAUUAUGUGUCUUCAGGUAGCCCCAUGUCCACGUGGGUCGCAGACCUGGGGACCUGAGUGUCAGUGGGAUAGUCAGAUCAAAAGGAAAAGAAAUAUUAAAUUAUAGUAAAAAGCAUAAUGAACAUGAAACAUUAACAUAAUAUUGGAGGCUUUCUCCUUCGUUGGGAUGAGGACGGUGUGGGAUAUCAGUCAGUCUUAAUCAUAUCUUGGGUUUUGCCAACCGGUUUGUAUUUACGGACCCUGUGCACCUAGUCCACUCGUUCCCAGGGCGUGAGGAGAGGCGAUCAUGUGUUCUGUGUGCUCUCCAUGGCGUUUCGGGGUCUGGUUCGGCAAGCCAAGGGUUUUCAGAUAUUUGGAGGCUCCCUCAGGUGAUGUGAGGACUUGUGUUGUCCCUGCGUGGGUAACUUCCAUGGAGCCCCUGCACCCCACCUGUAGGCUAUACCUGCAGCGUGUAGCUGUGUUGCUGCCAGGCCGUAUGACUUGAGCCACAGUAGUGUGGCCCUAGAUAAGUCAUGGUAGAAGGUCAGCUCUGAGUCUUCGAAGGGUAGUGGCAUUCGGUCUUUAAGCGCCGCCAUGAUAUGGAGCUUGUCCUGUCUUAAGAUGACGGCUCGUGCUGCCGGUGAUUUCAGGUGAGUGUAGGUCGGGAACCGGUAGAUUCCGUCUAUGGCGAUUUUCUUUGCAGCUGCAUGGGGAAGUAUGCUGGCCAGGAGGCGCCUAACGUAAUGAGGCAGGCCUCGGCUUUGCGUUUCCGCUUGGGGAGCUUGUGGGGUUGAAAAAACGGCAUCUAUCAGUGCCUCUUGCCUUGCUGAUCCUUGCUGUGUGGGUGGUAAGGCUGGAUGGGUGCCAGUUUUGCGGCUAUUGCCUGGAUUAGAUUGUUUAGUUGGGAGUGAAUGGAAAUGGCGUCUGGUGCCGUGUGAUAGCAGGCUCCGCCCCCCAAUUUUCUCUUUGUCAUUGUCGCGCACCCUUCUUGAAGCUGUGCAUGUUUAUAGCGACUCCUAGAAGCCUCUUUUGUGUUUUUAAUGGCAUGCACUUUCCAAGGUUUGCUUACAAGUUUGAAUAAUUGAGCUAAGACCCCAUUGAUUUGGUUUUGGGGAAUCUGCAUACAAGGGAGGUACACUGACAUGUUGUUUAUGUGCUGUGAGAAGUCUCUGAAAUUGUUUUUGUAAAAUCAUUGAAAUGUGACUGGCAUCUAAAACGCCAUCUACCAUUUAUCUGCUUUCUGGGCUCUGACAUGACUUUAUACUCUUCUUCGAUCUGUCUUGCAUAUUGUGUUUGCUAUGUGCCGUGAGUACACGGCUCCAUCCUUCGUGCCAGCUUGUGCAAAUAAAAUAGGACGGAGACUUUUUCAAUCCUGGCUUGGUUGGGUUUAUCCUCUGUUUAAAGGGAAACGGUUACCAGGCACAGAGUUAAUCAAAUCUAUUGGAUUAGACAUGGGCUACUUCCUUUACAAAGAUACCAGAAAAGUUUGUAUAGGAUUACUUGCCUCGCAAUUUCCACUAGCCAUUUGUGACUGAAAAUGUGGCUUUGGGGAGAGUAGAAAUUUACCCCAUGUUAAAGGACCACUAUAGUGCUCUGAGGGUGCCCCCACCCCCAGGGUGGCGCUGAAGGGGGAGGAACGGGUUAAUCCCUUACCUUUUCCCCCUCGGUGCUGGGGACUCUCGUCCCUAGCUGAAUGCGAUUGCGCGCCCUUUCAGCCAGUCCAUAGCAAAGCAAUCUCAAUGCUUUCCUAUGGACGCUGUCGUCUUCUCGCUGUGAAAAUCACAGUGAGAAGCGCGGAAGCACCUCUAGCUGCUGUCAAUGAGACAGACAUUAGAGGCUGGAUUAACCCAUAGGUAAACAUAGCAGCUUCCCUGAAACUGCUAUGUUUACAGCAAAAAGGGUUAAACCUAGCUGGACCUGGCACCCAGACCACUUUAUUAAGCUGAAGUGGUCUGGGUGCCUAUAGUGGUCCUUUUAAGUAUAUUUAUGAAUUCGCCAGAGUUGCAGUUUCAAGUAACUUUUUUUAAUGCCUGGCUAGUAGUGAAAUUACAAGCCCUGUAGGAAACCUACAUAUAUUGUUCAGUGGAAACAUUAUGAGGUUGAGGUUGUUUGUUUAUCGCGCCAACAGAUUCCGUAGCACUUUACAAUAUUAAAAGAGGGGGCAUUUAACUAUAGGACAAUUACAAGAUAAUUUUGUUGAAAAAAGACCCUGCUCAAACAAGCUUACAGUCUAGAGGAGGUGGGGUAUAAAACACAAUAGGACAGGAGAUCGCAAUCAAGUUUGGAGUGAAGCAGAGCUGGAGGAUAGAGUAGAGUGCUGCCCUUUAGGAGAGAGCAAGAGACAGGUAUGUAAGGUAGGUGUUACUCUGGGAGGCCAUAAGCUUUUCUAAAGAGAUGGGUUUUGAGGCACUUCUUAAACGAUUGAAAACUAGGGAAGAGUCUGAUGGUAGGCAUGCUUUUCCAUAGGAAGGGAGCCGCCCGCGAGAAGUCCUGCAAGCGUGAGUUGGCUGUACGGGUGCGAGCAGCGGACAGAAGGUCACGAGGGGAGCGAUGAAGUCCUCAUGGGAAGCUGUGCUUCCUGUAAAAUGAUAUAGAGUAGACAAGAAUAAGGUAGUUCAUGUGAUGUAUCAUUUGUCCAACACUGUACACUAAUAUGUAUUUUAAGUGCACAAGAUUUAUAACUGUGCCAUGUUGUACAUUUCCUAGUUUCAUAGUGGGAGGGGGCUGUACAGUAUAAGGCGAAAUCUACAAGUUGUUUUUUUUUUUUUGUUUGUUUUGUUUCCUGUUUAUUAUGCAUUAUGGAAUGGCGCAUUAUGGAAUGGCGCAUUAAAACCCAAGAUUGCUCUUGAAUCUUUCUCUGAAAUCAGAUAACAGGUUUACUUUUGUUUAAUUUUUGGCCUUUUAAAACUGCAGAUUCUCUCUGGAUUGGUGUGUCUCACUGCUGUACAUAUCUAUCUGUGUAUUUGAAUGGCCAACUAUGGAAAUACAAGCAGUAGUGUAGGUGUCAAAGUAUAACCGCCUCUAUAUUGCACAUACUUCUAAUCACAUCUAGUGGACAUAUCUAAAAAAUAAGCCAUCACUUCAGCUUAGUCCCUUUUUUUUUUUUUUUUUGCUUCAUUUAUUCUCUUUAAAAAAAAUAAAAUAAAAAAUGUAUUUUAAAUUUGGUAUACAUCAGCUCACUGUUUACAUUUUUUUAAAAUUUGUAUUUCUUUUUAUAAAAGACUGAUCGAGGGUUAGCCAAUGUUGCUUUAUUCAGUCCAAACAUUUCAGGGUUGAACUUUGAACAUUUUCACACAAUGCAGUAUGAUGCCAAAUCGUGUGGUCAGUGCCCUUCUCUCAAAGUGUAAUAAAGCUUAGCGUCCUGCAGCACAUUUACAUCUGAAAUACAAGGGGAUCUGGAGAAGGAACGUACAUUUCAUCGUGGCCUAAAACCUGUCAGAUUUUUGUUUAUGGUGCUGCAUAGUUUCCAUGUACAGUUUAAUCUUGCAGUGUGUUAGUGCGUUGCACUAUUGAAAAUUGGGCAAUCUACACUGUCGCCAUCAUCAGAAAUUAGUGGGGUUUUUUUUUUUUUUGCUGUGCAUAUGGAUAGUACAUACAGACCUGUGGUACCCCAACGGCAAUCCACAGGUUCGACAGUUUGCAAAAAAAUUGAGGUACAUGAGUAUAUAAGCACAAUUUUUAUAGUAGCUUGACAUUUGCAGGAACAUGCACAAUUUUAAGGUGUUGAGAGUGACUUAUAGGUUAUAUCGCUUAAAUAGACAUGAACAUGAACGUAUGUUAAACUAAGCUUGUCAUGCAUCAGAAUUUCCACGGGGUCCAGGGUUUAAAGUGUCGAAUGGUGUCAGCUCCUAAAUUUAUGGGCUCAGGUGGUACCUGCGUGUGGGUUUUUCAAAGCUGUUAGGUGUAAUUACACCGGUGUGUGGGGUAGUCUAUGCCUGCUCUGAGCUGUCUAUUGUCGAGUUAGACAGUGUGAGGGUGUGUGAGGUGUGGUAUAGCAGGUGUAGAGUGGUACAUAAGGGCAGAGAUUUUGGCACUGCAGUUAGGGGGUUUAAGUCCCGCGUCAGCCGACACCUCUGCUUGGUGGUAGGCUCUGGUGGCAGAGUGUGUUCAGGUGGGGUCCCCCAGUGCCCUGGGCCGUCAUGAAGGCCUGCAUCCUCCAGUCUUGAACUAGGGCUCUCUUGCAGGAGGCCAAGUUCUGCCCUUGUGAGGGGCCGCAGCUUGUCCCGAUGGGGUGACUGUCUCUGUGGCGUUGGUUCAGCUGCUUCUGUGACCGAUGCUUUGGGGCUGGUCUUCAGCCCAGGUGUGCCCAUUGUGGGAGGCUUGGAGCUUGCGUUAUAGGGAUUUCCCAGGGGGGAUCUGCUUUCAGCCCGCCCCACGUCGCCCCGCUUACUUUGCGUUGCUAGUGCCGUUUGUUGUACUGUGGAUUCUGCAGGUUCAUCCUGGAGGCAGUCGGUGAGUGCGGGUACAGUUUGCGUUGAGGGCACUCGUCAGUUCCGAGUCCUCUCGCCAUUUAGGCAUGCACAUGGCUGGAGAGCGUCGGCCAUCUUGUGGUGAGCCACCCUGCUUGCACUUCGCUGGAGGGCUGGUUCUGGAGCUGUGUGGUAGCCCUGGGUUGUUGCCCGUGGGGACUGGGAUAGCCCCCAACGGUCCGGGGGGGCGGGGGGGAUGGGAGGGAGACAGCGAUACACCGGCCGGAGACCUGGGGGAGCGGCCAUCUCACCCCAGCUCAAGCUCGUCCGGCGACUCUGAAGUCGGGUCGAGAGUGGUACCAGCGUGUUCAGCACCGGCUUGUGAGUAGUUUGGUUGUUGUUGUGGGUCAGUGCCCUUUUGUGUCUCAGGAUUAGCCUCCGUUUAGCCGCACAGACUCGGGAGCUCAAACAAAGCAUGUCUGACACGGCCACUGGUCAGGCUCUGCCCCCCAUCAGAAAUUAGUUUGAUGUGCUAAUGACAAGUUUCUUCUGUCUUUUGUUUUGUUUAUUUUUAAAUUUUAUUCGUCAUUUAUUACUACACAGCUGUAUUGUAGGCACCCCAGCGCGCAAGCAGUUAUAUUUUAUAUAUUGGUUACUUAAUUAUAUAUAUAAUAAACUUUGUUGCACGUCUAUCACGCAAAGCGUCAAUUGGUAAAAAAUAAAUUAAAAAAAUGGUUACCACAUUUACAUGAAGUGAGGAAAUGGACUGUAUAUAAUGGGUACAAAAUGGAAGGUGAUCAUUUCUGCCACAUACUUUGCCUGUUUAAUACCAAUAUUGAUGUAAUAUAUGGAUCUCAAGUUGUUAUAUAUUUAUAAAUAAAAAUAAAAUUUAUUUUUCCCAGGGGGAAAUUUAGGAUUCCGGUGUGUUGUGUGGUGUUUUUUUUUAUUUAUUUAUUAAAAUUUUAUUUAUUUUUUAUUUCUCAGCCUUUUGAGUUCACCUUCUAAAGUCUCUGUGAAAGGCUGCAGCUAGCCUAUCUGAGUAAUCGCCUUCCCUUUGCUUUGUGAUCACACCUUGGGCUGCACUUUGUAUUUUUUGCUUUUAACCUAGAUUUGAAGAUAGUUUUCUCAAUUUAAUGAACAACAGAUGGCGGGUCAUAAAAAGCAGUCCUAAAGUGAAAUAAGUAUUGAAGUGCAGCCAGUGCGCUGUAAAUCAUGGGAAUUGAAGCCUCUGUCCCAGUGACUUGCUGUGAGAAAGUAAUUGGGGAUUUUAGUUAUUUGCACAAUGUUUUUGUUAUCUUCAAACUUUGAUCUGGUGUCUAUUUUGCAUAUUAUGCUGGAAAAGAUCACAUUGUCUCUGGAAAAGCUUAUUAGAUUAUUUGAUUUUUUUUUUUUUUUUAAUUCUUUAUUUUUGUGUGCAUGAGAGUAACAGACAUUCUUGCAGUGCCCCAACAGCAAAGGCAAGAUAAUGAGCUGAACAAUGCAUAACAGUUAUAAGGCAUUUGAGUAUACUACACAUUUUUUUUGGUGAUAGGUACAGGCUAGGCAGAACAUGUCUAGAGGAGAUUCUAGGCGAGAUCUUCUAUUCUAUGCAUGCAAGUUCAAAGACAUGUAGGUAUAUAAAGUUUGUAACAUAGAUUGUGAGACAUGCUAUAGGUACUGGGUUAAAGCAGUGAGACAGCAAGGUUAUACCAGGCUAAUGAUGGGUUCUGGCGUGGGCUCUAGGUUGUCAGAUGGUAUGGGACCACUGGCCUCCGGGGUGCCUCAAAAUUGGAGCAGUAAACAGUAAAUAGUUAGCAUCGCCCUUGUGUUAUUGGCAGGAGAAGGAAAGUAUAAGGGAAAGAGGGAGAGAGAAAAAAAAAAAAAACAAAACGAAGCAGUAAUGAUAUGAUUACAGAACAUAAUAGCAGGCAGUGUGGUAUUGUGAGUGCCAGUCCAAGAGGAGACAACUCUGUGGUCCCCACCCUGGGAGCGAUGCUUGUGCUGCGUCUGGUUCAUCCGAUCCCCGCUUGUGGCAUAUGUGGGGGUUGUGCUUGAGCAUUCCGGUGAUCGGUGUUGGCAUAACGAUGCAAGACUUCGUUUCCGCCCCAGGCUUGGAUGAGUGCCUGCUUUGUUUUUAUGCUGACUCUGGUGUUCGCUGGAGCCAGGCUCUUCCUUCUCUCUGGGUGAGUAGUGGGUUUAGGUUUUAUGCGCCUGUGCCGGCGGGUGAUCCUCCGCUUUGGCGCCUGAAGCGUGGGGGUUGUGCCCUGAGGGGUUCUCAGCCCGGGCGGGCGAGCAGACGAGUGAGUGGGCGCAGGCUUGUGUGCUUUGCCCGGGGGAGGCCUGUUUCCUCUCGGCUGCUCUGUGCUCUUAGGAAAGAUUUCCCUCUUAGCCAUGACUGUCUGCUCCCGCUCCAGGAUCCUCCGCCAGAAUCUCUGAAAAAUGUCAUCCAGGCGCUGCAGUGUAGAUUCCAGGCUGCCUUGAUUCUCUAUGGAGGGUUGUAAGUGCUUCGUGGUCGGCAAGCAGGUAGCCGCCAUAUUGUGGCUUGGUGUAUCAGACGUUCCUCCGGGAGCCAGUCUGUGGCAGGAGACUGUCGCCGUGCUUGUUGCCCCAGUGUGUUCGGUAUGGACCGGGAUAUCCCCCACCGGUCCGGGGGGGGGGUGUUGGAUCGCUGCCGAGCCAAAUGGGGGUUUUCAAGGCGAGGAGAUCGGCCGCCUCUCCCCAGCCCUCUCCCAGUAGGCCGCAGCAGCGUGGCUCAGGUCUCCCAAGGGUUACAGGCUAGAUUCAGGUAUCUGUGCGUAUCACACGAGCUCGGCUUCCCGGUAGUGUCCCCCAGUGUCAGGGUACGUCCGAUUAAUCGGGGUUAUCACCCCAAAGAGUGCUGAAAGCCUGGGAGCUCGAGCACCACACGUCUAUCCUGCAUGGAUGCCAGGCUCCGCCCCCCUAUUUAUUUUUUUUAAUUUUUUUUUUAUAGUCCAAUCCAAGUUAACUUUUUUCAGUCACUGGAAAAUUAAGUGAUAUGGCCAUUGUGGUAUUAUGUCUCCGGUAUUAAAUCCCUGUGUGUGUGUGGAAAAAAAAAAAAAAAAAAAAAUAUGUUAAAAUAUCUCUCCAGAAGAACUGUUUCAGGAACUACUCCAAUCUCUACAUUACUUCCAAAAAUAAAGGGAAUUGGAACCACACUAGCCGUCUUCAAAUGGGAAUCUCUAAUGUUUUAAAAGUGGUAAUACCACUUCUCCAGUAAGCUGGGACGUCAGACAGUGGUGUUUUAUAAAGUGGAUAUUUACAUCAUGCCGUAAGCAGAGGUUGUGGUUUCUUUGGCAAGCUACUUGAAAAUGAGUUGGCAGAACCGGAGGGAUUAUACCUUUUUGAGUUAAUACGGUUUGGCAAACAAAUGAUUCUGCUGAUUAUCGUUUCAGGCUUUAGUUAAAGAAUACCCCAUAGAUGUCUCCAUUGAUUGGACACUAAUGUUUGAACUACAUUAUUAUAGCUGUUACUUUGAAUUGCCUGUACGUAUUGGUUUUAUUUGGCAAUGGUGGCUGUGCAGAACCCCAGUGUAACGAACAGUAGUCCCCCAAAGAGCGCUCUCCCUGGUGCAACCUAUGUGGAGUCAUCCACCAGGGAGAGGAGCAAGCCCUAGCAGACACUCAACAACUAGCAGGCGGCUUCACAACUGCAGAGUCCCUGCCGACCAAUGGGAGAAGUGCUACCAUUCAAAUUGGUUUUGCGCCCUUUCUCCCGAUUGUCGGCAAAACCCCUCCCUGAAUGCUGAUUGGCCGCUACAUGCUUGUGCCCUUUCUCCGGAUUGACUGCUGCUUUCACCUGCCUAAACCAAGUGAACUUGUGGAACUAUUUUUCGGGUAUGUACAGAGCCUUGAGCCCAGACUUUACACAAUGAUUUCUUGAGCUCUGUACAUCCGAUAACUUCGAAAUUUGCAGGGAGCAUAGUUCGGAUGACAGUAGCUAUCCAGGUAUAUAGGGCAUGUGGGGAUGCAUUACUGUGUUUUGUGGGUUUUUUUUUUUGUCUCUGCUUCUUGUGCCUGGGAGAUACCAUUAUCCCCCAGACACAGUGACGCCGGGGUGGGCUUAUGUUUUACAUUACUGUGAAUGGAAACCCCGGCGAGGGUCUGUGCAUAAAUACUGUGCAUUUGAUAAACAGAUCAAGUCUAGGCUGAUGUUUGGGUAACCAAGAGCUCUAAUCACUGCUUUGCUUGAGAAAUGGGAUAAUCACAACAUAUAUAUUCAGUCGGAGUAUAAGGGAUCCGUUACGCCCAGUGUCACUAAAUCGGAGUUGGAUAUUUGGUGCUGGGACCUUCUUUUUAAGGACAAGAAUAACAGAGCUUUGUUGAACCGGGUUUUUUUUGUUUUUUUUUAAAAUACAUUUUUCCUCCAGAUAUUUUUGCUAUACAUUCUAUCAAAUCAUGAAUAGAGGGGUAGGUGGAAUAUCAGUAUUGCAAUUGUAGUAUGUGGCUACUGAAACUUCCCAAAAACCAGAGUCUCUUCUUUUCUGGUGGUACAAUGGAUGUAGGUAGUAGGAUCAGGGAGCAGUGCCUGUGAAGGAAUUCCCACGCUCAGAGCGAUAAGGAAGAGGGAAGGAAAAAGACACGGAUAUAGUGUAGUAUAUUGAGAUCUUAAGUGAUGGUAAAUGAAGGGAAAGGAAAUGCACUUACAAUUUUCUGAACCCUAUACUUCGUUCCAGAUAUGUGCGCCUGGACGGUACAAUCCCUGCCUAUGGAUAUGUAGAUGGUCCUUGGAUGUCCUCAAAAAGGGGGUCUCCAGUGGUGGUAGGGUAUAUCUCCUUUCCAAUGGCAGUAGGCCGGUAUUCAAAUAGUUGUUGAUAUAUAAAAAGGAUAAAAACACAAAAUAGUGCUCUCUGCAUAAUGCAAAAUAAAAUGAUUAAAAAUAAAUAAAAAUGGAGGUAUACUCACAAGUGAAGAGCAAAUAGGAUAUUGCUCAAUAUAUGUAGACGUAGGUAGUAUGAUCCCCACCAAGGAUAUCACUCCUCGAGUUCUCCAGUGGGGGUGUUGGAGAGAGUAAAAGGAAUUAUAUAUUAUAAAAUAGAAUAAACAGGAUAGGAUCGGAGGCUCCAAUAGCAUAAAUGAGCUAUCUUUAGUGGAGAUAAAAAAAAAAUAGUAACAUAAAACAACUUUAAAAGACACCAACGCGUUUCUCCUGCAAAGCCUCUUUGCAGAAGAAACGCGUUAGUGCAUUUCCUUUCCCUUCAUUUACCAUCACUUAAGAUCUCAAUAUACUACACUAUAUCCAUGUCUUUUUCCUUCUCUACUCCAUAUCUCUCUGAGCGUGGGAAUUCCUUCACAGGUGCUGCUCCCUGAUCCUAUUACAUUCUUUCAAAUCAUGUUUGCUGUUGCCUGGCCAAAAACUAUGGAAUUUGUAGACAGACAACUGGAGGGCAGUGGUUAGACUCUGCUUGUAUAAGAAAACAUUGGUUGUUGGUGGGGGGGGUAAUUGGGAAUAGGUUGGCAAAGCUGUGAACAUUUGCAAGUAUUACAUCACUUUAUUUUGAAUCAAAAUGUUGUUUUGAAAUGGAGUAACUCAGGGUUUAAGUGGUGUCUCACUUUGAUUUUUAAGAUGUAUAGUUAUUUGCUCCUUUACAGGGACGUCCAUCACUUGACAAUUCUUUUUUUAAACUAACAAGCGCAAACACUUUUAAAAAUAAAUAUACAAACCAAAAUAAAGCAAGAGAAGUAUGUAAUAAACUUAUUGUAAACCUGGUCAGAUUGCAUUGUUGGGCACGCCUCUCACUAGGGGGGGGGGUUUCUACCUACACAUCGAUCUGUUUCAGACCAGUCCACUAGUGACAGAAAUAGGGCAUCAUUGCACAGCAACAAGAAAGAGAACCCCAACAGUGGAGCCCGCUAUGCAUGAUUGCACUGUCAUUUCCCAUCAACCUUUUCUUUACCCCCCGUCAGUAGAUUGCAAGGUGAAGAGUUCUUCAAAGUGAGGCAACUGACUUAUUCGAAGUUAAAGUUUCUGAAUGAGACAAUUGUCUCAAGCGAUGCAUGGCCCUUUAACAUUUUAUGUUAUAUAGACAUUGAGAUGUAUGUUGGUCAAAGUUUGUUGAUUUUAUAUUUACAAGUUCUGUUUUAACCUAUUGGACAAUAGUAAAAAGUGAAGGACACUUGGGUGCAUUGUUUGAUUUAUCUUCCUUAUAUGGUCUGGUACAGUCAGACAGAAAACUACAAGGGUGAUGGGCGUUACGUAACAGGCAUACUUUAUUUAAAAAAAAAAAAGGCUAUUACUUUGCCAGCAGAAUACAUGUUAAAAUAAAUCUAGUGAAGCUCAAAGGACUAGUUACAUUCCUGUUCUAUUUUGUCUGUAUUUUACUGUCUUGUAAUGAAAGUGACCCCAGCACUGCUCCCUCCUGUAGUAAUGUAAACAGACAAUCUUUAUUCGGGUUCAUCCUUCACUUGUACUGCUCGCAGGAAAUCUGACCCCUCCAGUUCCAUGAUUCUGGAGUCUCAACCCAAACCACCAUGUGGAGCUGUCCUAACAUGGUCCAGCUCCUGACAGGUUCAUGUGAGGUCUGUGGUAUCGGAGUUCUCCGUGUGAACCUCCGCGGAAAAACAUGCCUAAAUGGAAAACUGUUAGUCAUUUAUUUCCCUAGUCUCAGAAACGUGUAUAUUUGUUUGUUCUGUGCUCCGUAGUUUUUUUAUUUUUUUUAUUCUGAGUGAUACUUUGUAUGUCAUUCUCACCAAUGGGUCUAUUAUGUACAGGCUGCGCUGGUUGUGUAUUGCAUCGUUUACAUGGUUCCCCAUCAAACAUCUCGAGAUGAAGAAAAUGGGGGGCCUUCAUUUUUAUGUAGCACAUUGGCUGACACACUUCUAGUUUCUAGAUCUGUAUUAUCAUGCAAGGGCUCUACACCUGCAGAUGAUUUGGACUUUGAUUCCAUUCUUUCUCUAGAAAGUCUGAACUUGGGAUUGCAUAACUUGUUUGCUCUGCAACUCUUGCCGCUCUUUAUAUGAAUAUCAAAGAAAUGGCCUGGCCUAUACUGGUUGGGGCAUUAUAUUUCUCCAAGAUUGGUCUCGAUUUUUAAUAUUGUUAGAAAAACUUUUAAAAUGAUCUAAUACUAUGAAAUAUUUUGAUAUUGAGAUCCAUCCAUCCAUCUCUAUAAAUAAUACAAUAAGCUUUACACUCCACUUGCCUGAUGCUUUGUAAAAACAGGAGUGUAUAUACAAAAUGAAAGACCCAGCACUCUAGGUCUUAAAUUUAUUCACGUAAUUCCAUGAUCUAGCAUAAAGGUAAUAUUGAUGGAAUUACUUGAAUACAUUGGCAUUGAAGACCUAGAGUGCUGGUAUGGAUUUAUCAUUCUGUGUGUUUUUUAAAUUGAGGCCAGUGUUGUCUGAUCUGCCCUAUAUCAUACAGAAUGGUUUUUAAUUAUUUAGUGGGUGUUUCCUUAAAGUGGAUUGUUGGUGACUCAAUGGUUUUGCAACCGGAGAAAACAACUUUUUAGUUAAAAAAAAUAAAAAAUAAAGUUUUAUAUAAUAUCUUUUGCAUGUAAAGAAAAUGCCUGGAAAGAUAAUUCGUGUCUGAACAAUGCAAUGGUGUUCGGCAUUGUUACAAGCAAGUUACGUGUCCCAGUUCUCUGUAAUUUAAACUCUGUAUUCUAUUUUAUGGACAAAGGAAAAUUUCAAGUUAUGAUGAUUGGACUAAUAUUACAUUUAAUCUGUACAAGAAGACCUAGCAGAUAAAUAUUCAGGUGUACCUCUCUCUCCUCAAAGAAUAAAACAAUAAAAUGCAGAACAAUAUUGAUUGGAUUACUGGACUGCCGGUGACUUGUCCUCUUGAGGAGUAACUUUUCUGAUGGCUGGUAAUUUUUACUCCCUUUCCUCGACUGGACAAGCUUACUCAAAGCAAAUUUGUCAUGCAGAUCCUUCCUAAGUGUUUAUUUGAAUCAUUCAGCAGUUGAAUGUAGUUUUGUUAUUUUCUAUAAAAAUAAUUCCAAAAUAGUUUUACUUCCUGAAAUUUACAAGACCACAAAACAUGACAGACGUCACACAACAAUACUUUCGUUCACCAAUUGUAACCAAGCUUAUCUGUAAGAGCAGGCGUCUGUAUCGCAUCAGAUUCACCCGUCUCUUUGCUACAAAGUUAGCCAUGUGAUAUAUGUGGAAACAUUCAGCCAAUAAAGAUAGCUGCAAUUUCCGUCACAACUUCCACCAGAUUACCAGUUCUAUCACUUGCUACGUGAGGUUGUCGGGAGUCUCAAACCUGAAUCUCCUCCUCCAGUGUACUUGUUCUUUGUAGGCUUUCCCCAAUCUGUUUAAAGCCAAAGUGCCGUGGAUAUAAGUUCACAUUGAAUGCUACAUCAGCAUAUUAGAGUUUGGAUGUUUGCUUCACUAUGGAAGCAUAGUGGCAAAAAUGUAUGGCUAAAUAUUUUUUGUUUUUCAUUAAAUUGUUCAUCAACGCAAACUAAGUAGCUGGGUAACAAGCUGCCCAGAGCUUCCUGGUGUAGAUUUUGGAAUGUCUUGGUAAUCAUCGUGUUAAUGGCUGUCUCUCUGACUGGGUAAUGAUGAGAAUACAUCUUUUGUUGAACUGUGUGGCUGCCUCCUACAGAGCUGUAACUAAUAUUCCACCUCACACGUUUUAUUGGCUGAUGUUUACAUUGCCCGAUGCUGAUGGUUUUGUACAAUAUUGCUAUGUAUGGCGGCUGCUGAAACGAGCAAACAUUCCCGCAACAGAACUGGCUUCAUUCUUCCCCUGUACUUUCUUUCCUUUCCUAGUCUGCCUGGUCAUCGGCAAAGUGUUUGGUUUUAAUGGCCGUAUCACAUGUGAAAAGACUUAUUUGUGGUUUUUGUGUUUGUUUAUGCAGUAGUAUACUGUUUGUCCCAUAUUUAGCUGUUCCUUUAGACAAAUAUGACUGAGUUGGCCACCCCAUACAGCACACGCAAGCUAGGAGAUGAAUUGUAAAAUAAGGAUUCACUUCUAUAUGUUAAUUACACAAUAAUAGACACAGAGGCUAUAACAUCUCAAUAAACCCUACAAUAUAUAAAAACAUUAGUUUAAUACAAACUGCUGUGUUUACAUAACUCUGUACUGGAAUCAAAUCUUAAACAAAGCCGCACUUGAUUGAAAGAGAGCGUUGUUUGGCCACACAUGUAUCAAAUUAUAUACACAGACUGGGGUUUUUGCCUUCUUUUGGAUUAACAGCAAAAACUUAUGUGAGGAAGGCUGAACUUGAUGGACGCAAGUCUCUUUUCAACUAUGUAACACCAUCCUGAAUAAGAUAUGUUUUAGAUAUUUAUCUUCUUUAUUCAAAAUUCCCCUAAUAACCUCCGCAAGAGUGGGUUGUCCUGAUAAUAUCUAGUUCUUAUAAACCGAAGCGACAAGUUGUCUGCGUGUGUGAUAAAUAGUCUGUAUGUAAAGUAAACGAAUCUGGUUUUAGGGGAGUAUAGGGCAUUAUAAAAGUACGAAUGUUGUCGUACCGGAACCACUUUACUUGUUUACCGUAUGUUUCUGGAGAAGUACCUUGCUUACAUGUUAAAGAGCGAUUCUUAUCUGCACGGUUUGCUUUUAUACUCUUAGAUCGUGGCAGAUUUCUGUUCUGCAGUAUGUGCUUCUUCCUGUGUUGUGUUUGCAUAUAGCUAUGAUAUUCAGUUUACCUAAUCUCUUGCAUUGAUGCAAAGUGAUCCAAUUGUUGGGAACAUGCAAGUGACACCAUAAGUAAUAUGUCCUUAUUUAGCAUUCUGUGUGAUGGUAACAUACAAAAAUGUUUACUUCCACAAGCUAUGAAAAAAGACCUGUGAGUGCACCUACUCUCUCCUGAAUAUAUUGGCAUGCAAAGGUUGCACCAAAGCCAGAUUUUUAUCAAGCAUUAUUAAAGGGGUGAGUGCCAAGGUCACAUGCAUACAUAUAUAUACACACACACACACAUUUGUACAAAUAUUACCUAUUUUAAUCUUGACUGCUUUCCACUAACCCUUUCCAUAAAUGUGUAUGUAAAAAAAAAAAAAAGUGAUUAAGUACAUUUUUGAUUGUACGCUGUCCUUGGUUUUCUUGAUCUGUGUUUUUAUUUGUCACAUACCUUGUGAUAACUCCCCUCGUGUUUUAGGAAGUCUGUUCUGUAAUCCAUUACUCUGCCUAGAUGCUAGACCGCAGUAACCCCAGUAAAUAUUGAAUUUGCGUCUUUUAAUUGUGGUCUCUCUGCAGUUAUUUGGUUGAUUUUAACUGAAUUUUGCUCAGUCAGAAGCCCAAAUAUGACUCGUAAAAUGAAUGUAGCUACGAAAGUCUUCUCAAAGUUUAAUGUAUGCCUUGUGAUUGCAGGAUCAGUUCGGAGCGUCGGAAGGAGAAAUCUCGAGAUGCUGCAAGAUGUCGGAGGGGAAAAGAGUCGGAGGUGUUUUAUGAACUCUCUCAUCAGUUGCCUCUGCCGCACAAUGUGAGCUCCCAUCUGGAUAAAGCUUCCAUCAUGAGGCUUACCAUCAGCUACCUGCGUAUUAGGAAGUUGCUUGAUGCUGGUGAGUGUUUUGUUUACUGUAUAUUUCUAAGUGGACAAAGGUUUUUCAGUUAUUGGAUAAAGCGAUGUAUACUGCUGUGGCAAACCUAGCCACUUGUAGGAUGCUGGACUAUAUGUAUAAAAAGGUCUGUAAUAACCGUUGUAAUGUAUGUGUAACCUUGGUUGAUACUGUGAUGUGCAUAGAAUUCGUAUGCUAGCAGCCGAAAGCCGCUAGCAUUCAUGUGUUUCGUUUCACGAACAGCGACUUUACUGGCUGUUCGUGAACCAAAUGAGCUACCCCCUAAUAGCCCACACAUAGAGGGACGCGUGGCGCUCAUUAACCGAUUGCAACAUUGUUGCAAUCGGUAAUUAUAGACUUUCCUAGGUGGCCGCCGUUCGGCUACCGACCAUGCGGCGGUCGGCCAUCUUGGAUCCUUUCUCACCAGCGGUGUUUGGUCGUCGAGCGCAUGGAACUGAAAAUAGCUACUCGACGGCGCGAACACCGCUGGACUUCCAGGCCGUUCUGGAGCUCCAGUCCUUUGCUAUUAUGGUUCCCCAUCGGUGUUCGGUACUUUUAGGCGAACUUAAUGGCAAAGUGUAUUUCGUGCGGCGUUCGGUUGUUUUAGCUGGGAUCUGAGAGGUAUUCCCACAAAAUGUGCACUCAGACCCCAGCUAUCUACCGAACGUCCAUUCGUUUAAAUAAACUGAAUAUUGUUAAAGUUAUGUAUUUAAAUGUAAAAUGCCGGUUCUGCUGCAUGGAGGGGUAAUCCACUUAACGGUAUAUUCCAGUGGGAGUAUCCCUCUCGUCCAGCAGUGCAUGAUGGGAGAAAUGCUCAGAAUGUUAAGUCCCCCAUGUAGUCCCCUACUGUAUUACCCCUGCUAUGUCAGUAGGGAAACCCCUUGCAUGGGGACUUGCAUAAAUACUGGAGCUGUGAAUAAAAACCUCAAUUGACUCCUGGAACUGUGUUUCGUCCGGUUACUGGGGGAUUUGGGAUAUUGCCUUACUUUAAAGCGCUUGACUGUGGAUUACUUUCUAUACCAGCGGAGAUAGUGGAAUUUAAUAUUGCAGCUCCGCUUUAACUGCUAUACUGUAACUAAACAAUACUAUGUUCAGGGAGAGCCUUUAGUCUAUGAAACCCAAGAUUAAUUUACCUUAAAUCCUUAGCAAUUCUGAUCACUGUUCAUUCAUUAUCUCCAUGUGUGAUCAGAAGUGACUCCUCGUGAUUUCUAUUGAAAUCAGCAUUUUUUAUUCACCUCAGUAAGAUUAAGUGCUUUAGGGAUUUGGAGUAUUUAUUAAAGUGUUUAAGAGUUAUUAAAGGGACACUCUAAGCAACAAAACAACUUUAGCUCAAUUAAAGGGACACUCCAGGCACCCAGACCACUUCUAUCCAUUGGAGUGGUCUGGGUGCCAACUCCCACUACCCUUAACCCUGCAACUGUAAAUAUUUCAGUUUUCUUAAACAAACUGCAAUAUUUACCUUGCAGGGUUGACUCCUCCUUUAGUGGCUGUCUAGUAGACAGCCACUAGAGGGCACUUCCUGGUCUAUAGCACAAGUUUUCUGUGCUAUAGUGUCGCUGGACAUUCUCACGCUGUGUGAGGACCUCCAGCGUCGCUAAAAUCCCCAUAGGAAAGCAUUGAAAAGCAUUUUCAAUGCUUUCCUAUGGAGAGGUCUAAUGCACAUGCGCAGCAUUAGGUCUCCCCCGACUGGCUGACGUGGUGAUGGGGAGGAGCGUGGGCGGAGAAAGAAGUGACGAGGGACAUCUUCGUUGCCUCUGGUAAGUCAUUGAAGGGGUUUCUACCCCUUCAGCAAGUCGGGGAUGGGAGGUGGGAGGGAGAGGGGACCUGCAGUGCCAGGAAAAUGGGUUGUUUUCCUGGAUACUGGAGAGUCCCUUCAAGCAGUUUUGGUGUAUAGAUCAUGCCCCUGCAGUCUCUCUGCUCAACUGUCUGCUAUUUAGGAGUCUAAUCACUUUGUUAAUGCAGUCCUAGCCACACCUCCCUGCAUGUGACUCACACAACCUCCUUACAAACUUCAUGUAAAGAUCUAACAGUCUGUUUAAUGUAGAUUUUUUUUUUAUCUCCUGCUGUUACUAACCUGCUAAAACAUGCAGGAACCUUCUAUUUUGAUUACAUUUAAAGUAGUAGAGCAUGAGAUAAUAACUUCUGAAGUAAAUUCCCUGUGCCUAAGAUCUGAUUGAAAAUAUAAUUAUUUUUUCAUGCAGGCUGUGAGUCAGUCAGGGGAGGUAUGGCUAGGGCCACAUAAACACAAUCAAAAGUUCUCAAACUCCUUAACUGCAGAGGAUUGAUCAGUUAGACUGCAGGCACAUGAUCUAUACACCAAAACUACUUCAUUAAGCUGUAUCCCUUUUUAUAUAGCAUUGUAUUGUUCUGCUUCACUUACUAGUUGCUUUUCAAUAUGAAGCAGGGCUGCUGAACGCCUGUGGUUCCUACACUCAUUCCUUCUUUCCCCCAGGAGAACCGGCCAGUGAGUCUGAAACCGAGAAGCAGUUGAAUUGCUUCUAUCUGAAGGCCUUGGAGGGAUUUGUCUUGGUUCUUACAGAGGAAGGUGACAUGAUUUACCUGUCUGAAAAUGUUAACAAGUGUAUGGGUCUGACACAGGUAAGCAAAUUCUCUUUCUGCGGCGAUUAGUGCGGGGGCUGAGCUGUCAGGUGAUGGUUGUAUACAUGUAACCUUGCUUUGUAUCCGCAGUUUGAGCUGACCGGGCACAGUGUGUUUGACUUCACUCACCCGUGUGAUCACGAAGAGCUCAGGGAAAUGCUCACUCACAGGAGUGGUAAGUAAUGUUCUCUCCACUCUUUCUGAAUGCCUUCAAUCCUAGAAAAAAGGCCUUCAGCCCUUCCCAGCUUCACUAUCUGUUUUCUGCAUUUCUUUCCUGACCGCAGAUGCCUCUUUGAAAUAAAAUGCAUCUGUCAGCUUGGGAUUUCUCAAUGGAUUCUCUCCUUCUUGUUACUGUAGUCCGUGUGCGGGUUUAUAACUGUAGAAUGUGUUUGGAUUUAUUAGUUCUUAGCUAGGGACCAUUUUACAUCUGCAGAGCUCUGUCUUGUGCCUUUUUGCUCUACAUUUUGGAUUAUUAUCCACUCGCCUAUCCAGAUACCGCCUCCCUUCUUCCCACUCCUCCAUCUGAAGCUGCCAGGAAAGAUCAGCUUCUGUCAAGGGGUGGAGUAAAUGGGAGGAGUAGUCAUGCAAUUGAGGUCAAGAUGGAUGCCUCCAGUAAGGUGAGCACUUGGGACGGUAACAGGUCAAUUUAUACAGGCAAUCUGUCUGCUUGCAGUUGUGGAUGUAUGCAUUUGUUUGUGUGAAGGGAUCCUAAAAAGAUCAUUUUGAGGUCUGCGGAUUAACUUUAAGAUGAUUUUUGUACUCCCAAAUGAAUAUAUGUUAUAAUGUGCAAUUCAAUGCCAUGUUUCUUUUCUGCUGACAUGAUUCUGUUAAUCAGUUUGAUCUCUGGGUAGAGCCAAGUAGUUUUCCCAUUCCACUUCAUGGCCAUAAACUUUAAUUUGCACACACAAAUCUCAGUGCAUGUUUCCACCUGAUGUGUUUGGGCAAAUCAGUCACUCCACUCAUCUGUAGCAUGUGCCACUUACAGAAUAACUGCGUCAUGGCGAGGAGUGCUGGUACGAAGCAUUCUAAUUAAUAGUGAAUAUAUUCAGGGAACUUAAUUACUGAGAAAAUGUAUAAAUCUUGUUUCAUGCUUGAUCCAGAACAAGGAAUGCUAGCUAUUUAAACAAACCAAAAAAAUUGUAGUAAAAUAAAUGGUAAUUGAUUUGGAGCUGCACAGAAACGCACUAUGCUGUAGGGCACAUUCCAUGGCCGUGUGUGGGGAAACAUGUCUAUGUUGGGGAAAAAAACAUUUUAUGCAUUCUGCUAUGAUCUAGUUGGAGAGGUUACAUUUUGUUCUGGUGUAACAGAUUCUAUGACCAUAAAUAAACCAUUCCACCAAGGGCUGUACAAAUCUUCGAUUAUCUUGUACUUCCUCUGUCCCCGAAAUGGUUAACAGUUUUUUUUUUUUUGUUUGUUUUUUUUCUUCUUUUUUUUUCUUUCUAAUCCGUAAUUUUUUUGCAACACAUCUACACAAUUUUCUUUCUCAGGAAGAAGGAAAUGUCAAUAUUGACACUUUCUUAGUUUUCUUUUUCUCAUUUCCUAAAGGUCCAGCAAAAAAAGGCAAAGAGCAAAUCACAGAACGGAGCUUCUUCCUCCGUAUGAAGUGCACGCUCACCAGUCGAGGAAGAACAGUGAAUAUAAAAUCUGCCACAUGGAAGGUGAGGAAUCCUUACAAAGCAACAUUCUGCUUGUGUUAUUGCACCACUAGCUGAAACUAAUGUAUGUUACUGGUAUGAUGUGCUUUGGUUUGUAGAAGCACCAUUGCUAAUGCUGAGCAGAUAAUUCAGUAAUAAUUUCCAUCUCCCACGUGAUGGGAAUCUGUACAUGAGCUAUAUUUGCAAAGCAAGAGCGUCAUUGUGUUUGUAAUUAUUAAAAUGCUCCAACCCUUCAAACAUGGAGGACCUACAUCGGUCCAUCACAGAAUACUGUUAUAGGUGAUGGCAAUCAGCUCCCCAAUUAAAGCGGUUUCUUCGCUUUCCAGGGUAAAAUAAGUGCUGAUUUAAUUUAAAUGAAUUAUGUAAAUUCCAACAAUCAAUAUGAGAAAAUGUAAAGGGAUUUACUAUGGGAUCUAUAUGCAUUAUGAAUGGAGGAUUUCUCUCCAAAAAAACUGUUAAAGAACUGUCACCUUAACAUUAGAUUUUAAUAUAGUGAGUCUUUCAUUAAGUUUAGAAAAUAAAUGGAUUCUUAGUUAAAUGAAGUAUAUGUAAAAAUAUGAGCGAUUCAAACCCUAACUUUCGUAUAGUAUCCUUCAGCUAUGUUAGAUGCACCUUGGUCAGACCAUCUUUGAAUGUGACUGUUAGUGGGUCUGAUAACAUCGCUACACUGUGCAGGGGAUGAGGCUGGUAACAACACCAUACAGACGGUCAGUUUUCAAACACUGUCUGACCCAAGGUGCAUGUGAGUUUCUAAUAGAUUUUUUUUUUUUUAAUUUAACACCGUAAUUAACACCAUAUAGUGUGGAGGUGACAGUUGUCAAUUAAAAUGUUGUGUAUCACAUGGAAGCUGAAGUAGACUGCUCCGAUAAGGUGGACAACUUGUUUUGCAUAUAGUAAUACUGUUAUACACCUAAUCUUAACAGUCCAGGUGGUAAAACUCAAGUUUUGGAGAGGUUUGUUCCUUAUGGAUAUUCUAUGUUUAUAUAUUUUGUUUUCGUUCAGGUUCUCCACUGCUCUGGGCACAUACGUGUGUACGAUGCUGGCAGUGGACAGAACCAUUGUGGAUACAAGAAGCCACCAAUGACCUGCUUGGUGCUGAUCUGUGAACCAAUUCCUCACCCAUCUAAUAUUGAGUUUCCACUGGACAGUAAAACCUUCCUCAGCCGCCACAGUCUUGACAUGAAGUUUUCUUACUGCGAUGAAAGGUAAUGCCAAGUAAACUAGCCCACACAUAAUGUGCCUAUAACACACCACAAACUAAAAUAUGAUUGUGUCUGCUUGGGCUUGAUGCAAUUAGUUUCCUCCCAGCUACUGGUCUAAUAAUUUCCUCUACAUUUGACUGCUUUGAUGAACAUUACAGUCUCCUAAUUCCGUUUUAGGGUAACCGUGUUGGUGGGGUAUGAACCGGAUGACCUCAUAGGUCGUUCAGUCUACGAAUACUAUCAUGCCCUGGAUUCAGAUCAUCUGACCAAAGCCCACCAUGAUAGUAAGUAUUUAAUUCUUUUCAUUGAACUAUGCCCUGCCCUCUAUUGGAGGAGAGUAUACAAUGUUAUCUGUGAGAAAGCAAAUACAGCAACAUAAGAAUAAUGACCACAUUGCCCCAAGAUAUGUGUAGCGGAACAACCUGCUUCCACAUCCAUUCCGCGAACACAGUACAUUAAAAAUGUUGCACAUAAAAAUUGUGAACUGUAUAGCGAAUUAAAUGUACCACUAGUUUAAGCAGAUUAAAGGAAACCUGCAGCAAUUAAACGAUUGUUGACAAAUUAACCAAGAUGCAAUAUUUGAAGGGAAAUAGUGUUGUCAUUCUAAUAUUAAAACCUCAGAAUCCGUGUUCUAAUGAAGCAGCACUGCAGGAGCAGUAAGAAAUGUAUAAAAUGUAUAGGGUGCUAGGUAAUACCAAUGUUUAGGAGUGGUACCCCUACUCCCCCCACACCGCCACCCACCUUGGACCCUACGUUAGCAUUUUAAUGUUCUAUGAUUUAUGUUUUCAGUGUUUGCAAAAGGGCAAGUGACUACAGGACAGUACAGGAUGCUGGCCCAAAAAGGAGGCUAUGUUUGGGUCGAAACCCAAGCAACUGUUAUAUACAAUACAAAGAAUUCCCAGCCCCAAUGCAUUGUUUGCGUUAAUUAUGUUUUGAGGUAAGUUUUCACAAAAUUGAUAAUAUAUUGUAUAGAAUAUAUCCCUUGUUGCAUUUAAUUCCUUACAGUGCUUGAUCAAAAAAUACCUUGUUCAAUUGAUAUCAAAAUAAUUCUGGUUUGAAAAAAAUCUUACCUUUUACGGCAUCAUUUCAAUUGUGCUGCAACGAAUAGCUUCAUUCACAAAACCCUCUGGAUCAAUUUUUUUUUUUUUUUAUGAAUUUUUUGAGUUUCUCUUUAAAAUGAACCUGUUGUCAGAAAUUCAACUUACCUGAAAUCAUCCUAUAUGCAUUGAAUACACCUUAUAAUCCAAAGACGUAUGAUGUAUUUAAUGUAAAAUAUCGAGAUUUAGUCCCUCCUCUGUUACUCUUCAUGUAACAUCCACCUCCGGGCCACCCUCUACUCUUCACCUCCAUUCUUUGGUGAUUUGCCCCGCUUGGCUUGCCCAGUGUGGGGCAUUUAAACAGAGUGAUGAAGUGCUAGCUAGGGGGUUUUCACAGCAACUAUAAUGCAUGCACAGUAGUUGCUUUGCUUAGAAGAUCAGAAAGAUCUUGAUAAACUCUGAGAGACCUUGAUAAACUAGUAGAAAAGCCUAGUUUUAAAUAGGGUUUUUUCUUUCUCUAUACAUUGUGCUAGCAAAACUGCCAACACGAUGUAUAGAUAGAAUGGUAUUCUCAGUCUAAUGACCAGUUGUUGUUUGGGGCAUGACAGAUGCCAUGUAAUGCACCAGCUCUUGUCUAGCUUAUGUUAGUAUCUCAAAAUUGUAGGAUUGCAUGUGAUUCUCAGUAGACCCUCAGCCCUCAGCCUUUGAAAGAGUACAAUUAAGUUUGAAGUGGCAGCAACCGUAAGUCUAUUUAAAAUACUAGAAUGGUUUACUGUUGUCUUCCGAGAGGACACAUCCUAAAACAAGUCCUAUAGUUCUUUUCACAACACUGCCACCAUGUGGAAUCUGAAGAAAAGUCCAACCAGAUUUUUUUGUUUUGUUUUUAAACCAGUAUACAAACAAGCACUUUUAUACAAAUAUACAAACCAGAAUAAAGCAAAAAAACUUUAAAAAGUAUUUAAAAAACAAUUAUAAACCUACUAUAAACUUGGUCAGAUUGCGUUGGUGGACGUGCCUCUCAGCUAGUGGAGUUUCUUCAGCCCCCGACGUGUCCACUAAUGACUGAAACAGGACAUAAUCAUGUAGAAGCAGCAAGCUUCUCAUACUACCUGUAGUGAGUAACUCAGCAGGGAAAGAGAAACCGGACACUGGAACCUGCCUUAUAUGAAUUCACACUGAUUAGACUCCCUCUCUCUUCCCCCCCUGUCAGGAUUUGCAAAGUGAAGAUAUCUUCCACCUCACAUGUGUAAAUCUGCUAAGAACACCCAAUUCACUUUUCCAGCAUUCCUAGGGAUAGGAAAAUGAUUUGUUAGUUUAGUGUCCCGUCUCCCUCCGGAGUGGGUGUGAUGUAUAAGAAAGUAGUAGGUAAAUAUUAAAAGGAAAAAGCAUAUUUACCCGCGUUUUUCAGCCUGCAGAGUGUGAGGUAACGGUCUCAAAGCUAAAGCUUUUGAAUGAGACAGUUGUCUGUGUUGCAUGCCCCAAAUUCCUCCACCCUAAACAUCUUGAGACAAAAAAUAUAACCAGAUUUCCUUAACACACAAAAUGGUGUAGACUUUCAGAGAUCUCCCUGCAAACUUACUUUUGCAUUGUAAUUUACUUGAAAUGGUUCCUCUAAGCACCAUGAUCAAUCCAGUGAUUUGAAGUAGUCAUAUUGCCUGGAGUCUGUAUAUGCAGUGUUUCGCUUUGAUUAAUUAACUGCUGAAGAUGUAACUCCACAAUGUCAUUUCCCUAGAGUGAAGUUCCGGGCUGGCUAAUGUCAAUUCUGUGCAAAAUUGCCACCUGAUGUUGGCAUUAAACAGCCAAUGGUGGCAUGGCACAUUCACCUGCCCUCAGUCUGUCUUGACUCUUUGUGAUAAUGCUAAUGAUUUUUACCAUAGCAGAUGCCUGCGUUUUAAUGAGAACCUGUCUCUCUGUAUCAUUAGUGGCAUUGUAGAAAAGGAUGUGGUCUUGUCGCUGGGCCAGACAGAGAGUAUCCUAGUCCCAGUGGAAUCUGCUGAGACUAAAAUGCGUGAGAUCUUUACAAACAGAGACACAGAAACUGAUGGCAAGAGCUUGUACGAUCAAUUCAAGGAGACAUCAGACUCCUUGACGUUUCUUGCACCAGAUGCAGGGGAUGAAAUUGUCUCAUUGGAAUUUGGUCAAAGUGGUGAGUGUUUUUCUGUUUCUAUUUUUAGUUUUCACUUUACGUCUCCAUAAAGCAGACCAGGCUUGGAAUGUCUUCAUUCCAAUUUUUUUUUUUUUUUUUACCUCCAUAAGACUCUGAGCAGCAGUUUGAUGAUGUACCACUUUACAAUGAUGUAAUGAUGCACCCAACAAAUAAGCAGCUGGAAAGCAUGCUGGUAUCUCCAGAUCCUGAUAAACCGAAGCCCCUACGUAGUAAUACAGAUCCUGCUUUAAACAGAGAAGUUGUAAUAAAAAUGGAGAAUACUUCGGAACCUCUGGACCUUGCAUUCACUGUUCCCCAGCUGUCCAAGCCAUGCAGUCCUUCAGACAUUAGCAGCAGUCAGAGCUCCACAGAGGUAAGCAUUCAGUGAUUAGAAUGUAAUGGCCCGGUCUUACUGUAGAGGGCACUGUUACUUUCUCAGUGAUUUCAUUUGUCAGCAGUUUGCAUUGGAAGCUAAUUUCCAUGUUGUUUGUAUUGUCCUUUUGUAGCCUGGUAGUCCAGCAGAGUAUUGUUUCAAUGUCGACAAUGAUAUUUCAACUGAAUUCAAAAUGGACUUGGUCGAGAAACUUUUUGCGAUAGACAAAGAUGCUAAAACCCAAUAUUCUACACAGGUUUGCUUCCUUUUAUUUUUAUACACAAAGUGAUUGUUUUAUUGAAACAUUUGGACAUUCUUGUAAGAACCUUCACUGUCUGGAAUAGACUAAUAAAACAGAAUCUUAGACUCUUUAAAUGAUGGAAUAACUCAGUGUUGACCUACCACCACUCUCUAUCCAGAUUGAUGUUGGUGGUCUUCACUUUCUGGGUCUCGUUGAAAGUAUAUUGGGCAGUCAGUUCUUAACACUGCUGAAUUCUACAUUUUGACAAAGGCAGCGAAUCUAAACCGUUCUGCAGAAAGGGUAGAGGGAAGCUACUGUCUUAGUACCCUGAGCCCCUGAGUCCCAUUUGUCUGCGUUUUCCAAUGUGUGUGUGUUCUUUGCGUGCUUUGCUACCAGUGUGUAUGUGUUUCCUGAGCUUGACUUUCAAAGUUUGACCAAAAACUGCAGAGUUGGAGAUUUGUUUUUCCUAGUUCUGCUAUUUUGACCAAGAGUUUUGCAACUCUCAGGUCACAACAAAUAACUGGAACGUGAAAAAAAAAGUAUAUAGUGCGUGUGUUUGGUGUAUAUACAUGCUUGAUGCUGGCUGGGGAGAUAUGAAUUUAAGGUGUUGUAGGUGCUGCGUGGAGCUACAGAUUUCUACUGGGUUACUCCUACUAGGAUUGUCUGUUAAUAUUUUCCCCACUCCUGUUACUCUGCUUUCCCUAAAUGCUCUUUCAUCACUCGACUAGGUGUUCCAUAGAGCAAGGGUUCUAGCCAUAUGCUAGCUGACUUGUGAAGUAAUAGGGGGAGGUAUAUGUGGAGUGUGGUUGUGAGAACGUAGUUUACUUCGGAGCCCUUCUAAACUGUGGAUAACCCUGGCCGCUGACAUCAUUUCAUUUAUUCCAGGAAACGGACUUGGAUUUGGAAAUGCUGGCUCCGUACAUCCCAAUGGAUGAUGACUUCCAGCUGCGAACGUUUGAGCAGCUUUCAUCUUUGGAGUGUGAUUCAGCAAACUCACAGCCCACGGGAAGCAUCACUAACCUGUUUCAGUCGCCUCAAACCCAAACCGCCAGUGAUUUUAAGCCACUUACUAUAGAAGCAGUGAGCGACUUAGAGACCACUAUUAUCCAGUCACCUGCACAGUCCAUGAAAGAUGUCACCAGUGCUCCGUCGUCUCCAUAUAACGAGAGCCGAAGCCGUACAAGUUCUCCAAUGAGAACGGACAAAUCAAAUGUUACGCCUGAACGGUCCCGCCCAGGAACUCCCAGUUUACCGGCUCUUUUUGCUAAGAGGUAUAUCAUUCUCAUGUUAUUGUCCAGCAUUACGUUUCUUCUAAAUGAUGCACUUAAUAAAGGGAAACUGUCCAUUCCCUUAAUAUUUGUGAGAUGUGAAAAAUAAAAUUAUAUCUACGCCUCUUUAUCCAGCAGCUGGGCACCUCCAUCUUAGCUCUCUGUCAUUGUUCUAAGCUCUGACCAUCGGCAUAGAGAGCGCAUACUGAGAAGAGAAAUUAUAUAUAUUUUUCAUGGUGAUUCUUCCUGAUAUGCAGUGUGUGCCCUGGCUUUGCCAUGUCUUCUGGAGUGUUUUGUCAUUUGUAAAAUAUUUAAGAGGAAUUUAAACACUUUAAUAAAAAGGUUAACACACGUUAUUUAAAGUUACGCAGUUGUGUACAUUUCAGAGAUGUGGCUAUUCCUUUUUAUGAAUUGUCCUUCUUUAAUCUUACAGGCCUGGCACUUUGGAUGAAGAAUUAAGUCCAAAAAUGAUUGCUUUACACAAUGUACAGAGAAAGCGCAAAAUUGAAAACGAGGGUUCCCUGUUCCAAGCAGUAGGAAUUGUAAGUGCAUUUUGUUUUCUCUUGUGUAGGAGUUCACAUGGUUUGUAUGUGUUUUCAUAACUGGACUUUAAAUUCUUUAUUAGUGCACACUGCCUCUAGCACUCCAUUGAUUCAAUGUUUAAAUGAACACUCCAUGCACCAGAACCACUGCAACGCGCUGGAGUGCCAUAGCACCCUCCAGUGUAGUCUGUUUGCUAACAGUUUGGCAAAUUAGCUUCUUUGAGAGUCGGAAGCUCUUUGAAUUGAGCUAAACCCAGCAUCACUGUGCUUAGCUCAUUGCCCGGAAGUAAUCAGCUGACGCUCUCAGCCAAUAAGCUGGCCUUGCACAGCAACGUUUAGCUCAAGAGAGCCAACAGGAACUUAAGACUCUAUUGUGAAGGUGACCGGACCAUUGAAGACCCCAGGUACGAAGCAAAAUAGUUUGUCUGCUUACAUUGGGGGUGCCAGGGCACUUUAGUGGUUAUGGUGCUUGGGAUAUUCCUUUAAAAUAAUCAGUGCUGUUUGAUGGAGUUUCUUUUUCAAACCGCAUUGGGCCUCUUCCUUUAUUGGUAUCUUUGUGUCCUAUAAGUUCUGUUUGCCACUUGGCGCAUCUGUGUGCUCGUUGCUGCUAGUUCUCUGUAUGUAUAAUUCUCUAUUGUGAUGAGAAUGAAAAUUAAAUAAAACAAUCAGUGUUGAUAAAUAAAAAUCAUGUGAAUUAAUGAGUAAACAUCACACAAGCCUCUUAUAUCUCAAUGCUCAUUAGGACACCUGCAUUACCUUCUUACUGCUGGGUGGAUACCGUUUAUUGCUAUAACGAGGCUAUUCUUAGAAAGCCAUAUAAAUUUACAGAAUUCUUGGUAUUACAUUUUUCUGCAUCAAUUCUGUCCAAGAAGCUCAGGGUAUGAAUUGCUAUAGUGGCUACCAAACUCUUUCUAGUUGCCACCAUUGCUGAAGCAGUGAGGUUUUGAUUGUUCUAGGCUUAAACGACAAUCCAAUCUUUGCAGACUGCGGUCAGUGUUUGGGAACAAAAAGCUAAAAAAUGCUAAACGGAUGCCAAAUAGUGCCUAAAAUGCAAAUGCAUUGGUGUGUACCUCCUACACAGUCAGGACUUUUACUAAAGUGUUCCAGAAAGGAUGGUUGGCCGUGCGUUGCUCUGCCUAUGUUUCCCAUAAAACUUGCUGUAAACAUUGUUUUACUCAUUCCUUCCUGUGAGUGCUGUGUAGCAACAGAUACUAUACUUGUGUAUAUCUUCUGUGGAAUAUCCUGGCUGAAAUAUCUAUCAAUAUCAUUUUCUUACCUUUUUUUUUUUAUUUUUUAAUGUUUGUUUUAGGGAGCAUUAUUUAAAAUAAAUGUUGACCAGGAGUCAGACUCUCCUCUGUUAUGGAAGCGGGUGAAGAGUUCUGAUUCUGGUUCAGAAAGACCAAGUGGAGCGGAGCAGAGAACCAUUCUUCUGUUAUCAACUGGUAAGAAGAAUUAAAAUGUUUUUAAGGAAAUUGUUAGAUCUGACCUCUCAAGGCAGAAUGCAUAUGUAAUGCUUUGUGUGAUUGUGGUUGUGUUAUAACAGAAGUUAUUUUGCUCAUAGGACCACAACUUACUAACAUAUAUAUUAAUUUGUUCUUUCUUUUUGCAAUUUGUAGAUAUGGGCAGUCGAUUGCUUUGCCAGUCUGUAGAUGGUACCAGGCUUCCACAACUGACUAGCUAUGACUGCGAAGUGAAUGCCCCCAUACAAGGAAAUCGAAACCUCCUACAGGGGGAAGAAUUAUUAAAGGCUCUCGAUCAAGCUAACUGAUCUCUUAUUGUCUUCAAUGUUUGGACACUGGUGAACCUUCAUCACCCAAAGCAGCAUAUUUAUAUUUUCUAGAUCUGAUAUUUAGAAACCUCCCUACAAUACCGCACUACUCCAGCUAGAUCCAUUUCAACUCCUAGUUCUUUCUUUCCUUUGUAUUUUUCACCUUUUUUUGUUACAAAGCAAAAUAAAAUGUUGAUACUUCAUAUAUCCAAAUACAUAUACGUAAUACCAAUAUAUAAACUAACACACAUUCAGAAUGUGCACUUUCUGUUUGGUUUUUUUUUUUGUGGUAUUUUAGAAAAAUUUGGACUUUGUCAAACACAUCAUUUAAAGUGAAUCUGUCAUUCACAAAAUGUCUGGUAAAUAAUUCAAUUGUAGAAAUUGAAAUCACCAACCUAUGUAGGUAUGGGAUGACACAUUUUUCCUGCCAUUCUUUUGUGGACCGUGUGCAUGUCUUUGUGGACUCACAAGUUCGUGGCUGCAAGGUAGCCAUUGUUUGUGUACAUGGACGUGUGCACCCCCUCUGCAGAAUUAGCUAAAGUAUAGAUCUCUGCCACUAUUUGUAAGCUGGGAUCUUUAACAACAUUUUAUCUGAACCUUUGCCAACAAAUUGGCUAGCAAGGUCCGUAGAUAAUUGUAUCUUGAAUGUGCCAUCUUUGCAUGACAGGUGCACUUUGAAACGAUUAAUCACAGUACAACAGUUUAAUCAUUUGUGAUUCCAUUAGGUGUUAGAUUCUCAGAUCAUCUUAUGUUGUCUGUACUUUUUACUGCACAGUAAACAAAACAAUGCUUUGCCAGCGGUGCAUUGUAGUCACGAUCGCACAAUAUAUAUUUUCUUAAGAAAACAAAAAAACUACCAGCAGUUAUUCAUGCAAUAUAUUAUGCAUUUUUAAGACUAGUUUAUAAAAUUGUUUUGUUUGUGGUUUUUAUUUUGUGUUUUUUUUUUUAUUUUAGGUUUUAUUAUUUCGAAAUCUUGUAAUGGCCUGACGUAACUUUGUUAGCAACGUUAUGAUGUAACCCAGUUGAUGGCUACAGCAGAGAUUUCAAACCUUAAUCCAUUUAAACAGGUUCUAAAGAUGGAUGUAAACUGGUGUGAUUUUAGAAUCAUGUAGCAAUGCAUUCUCUUUUAGAAAGAGAGACCAAUAUAAGUAGACUGUGUGACAGCUGAGAAAAUCCCUGCUUGUAGUUGUAAGCAUCAUUGCUAAUCAUGUAAGCAUAUUAAAUGUAAAUGUUCUGCUCAUUCGGUGUAACACAGAUCGACGCAGACUAGUAAAAAUGCAUAGUACGUAACGUUUGCUUGGCAUUUGAAUUCAUGCACUUUUCUCGCUUUGAACAUCUUUAUAUUUUCAUAUAAAAGUUCAGUUCCUAUGACCUGUAUUUUAGAAUUUUUUUUUUUUUCAUUUUUAAAAUUUUAAUAGUUGUAUCUUCCAGCAUCUGCUAAGUGUAAUUGUACAUUAGAUUGUGCAGAUUUUGUUCUCAAUCUAUCCUUUUUUGGUGUCUGUGGUUGGAUCUAACACUAACUGUUAUUGUUUUAUGACAUCAAUAAACAUUUUUCGUGGACCAGGCCACAUAUUGCUCAUCAAUUUGUCUAUUUAUGUUGUCACUGUUUAUAAUAAAGACAACUUUUAAACGGAUGAUUUCUUUUACAGCCCCAUUCUUUGUUUUACGUGAUUUCUAUUGAAAACAGAAAAGAGCUUUUUAGAU